AUGGCAAAAGCAUUACGAUUUGCAUCAGCUGUUAAAGAAUUACGUUUGCAUUUAUGUCAAAAAUCAUCAACAAGUGAAGGUGUACGACAAUUUAUUGAUAAAUUUUAUGUUAAUAUUAAGAAACAAAAUCCAACAACGCCUAUACUUAUUCGUGAAUGUUCAAAUAUAACUCCAACAUUAUGGACAAGAUAUGAAUAUGGUAUUGAAAAACAAAUUCCAUUAACAGGCAUGAAUGCUGAUCAAGUACUUAAUGCUGUAGAAAAAUUAACCAGUAAAGCGACUUAA